CCUUUUUCUGUCUCUUUCUUUCUUUACCCUUUCCAUUUUUUUUUCUUUAUUCCUUUAUACAAGAAAUGUCCGUUCCUUCUCCUAAUGAUUCUCAAUCCUUUCUUACUUGGUAUUUAGCGCAGCUGGCUGCUCAUCCUUUACGUACCAAGGCUUGUACUAGCGGUAUUUUGUCAGGUACUCAAGAACUUUGUGCUCAAAAACUCUCAGGUCAAAAGAAAAUUGACAAACGUAUCAUUCAAAUGUUUCUCUAUGGUCUUUGUAUUUCUGGUCCUUUAAGUCACUUUUUGUACGAAAUCAUGAACAAGGUGUUUGCCGGUAAAACUGGUCCCAAGGUCAAAGUGGGUCAAUUACUUUUCUCCAACUUGAUCAUAUCUCCCAUUAUGAACUCUGUAUAUAUUAGCGCUAUGACUUUUUUGGCAGGAGGACGAUCUAUCAAACAAAUGAAGGCCGCUGUUCAUGGUGGUUUAUUCCGUAUGCAAAAGAUGUCUUGGGUCAUUUCUCCUUUAUCAAUGAUCACCGCUCAAAAGUUUUUACCUCAACAAACUUGGGUGCCUUUCUUCAGUCUGAUUGCUUUUGUCUUUGGUACUUAUAUGAAUACCAUGUUGAAACGCAAGCGUAUCCAAGCCGAACAAGCCAAGAAGGAAUAGAUUAGUUUUUAUUAUUAUUUAUUAUAGAAUUCAAAUCUAAAUAUAUAUAUACAUAUGUUUAUUAUUUUUAUCAUCAUCUUGUCGUUGUUUUUUUUUUUAUUUAUUUAUUUAUCGGCAUUGUGGUAUCCAUGUGUGUGUGU